AUGGAGAGACCAGAUUGGCUUGAUGGAACGAUAUUAAAACUGGUCGAAAAACUCAGAGAGGAAUAUAAGAAACUCCCAGCAAAAGGAAAAGAACAAGAAAAUGAGUGGAGUAUCUUGUCUAGUUUUUUUAUAGUAAAUCCAAAAUUACAAGAAGUAGAUUUUAUAUGCCUUGGGACAGGCAAUAAAUGCCUUUCUUUUUCGCAUCACAGCCAAACUGCCGUCAACGACAGCCACGCCGAAAUCAUUACAAAACGAAUCUUUCAACUUUUUUUAUCCGAAGAUUACAAAAACAAAAAUUCAAAGUACUUCGAAAAAGACCAAAAAACUGGUAAAUUUCGGAUUAAAUCGACGUACAAAAUAAUCAUGUACAUAACAGAAGUUCCUUGUGGCGAUUGUUGCAUCUCAAAAGAUCUUGAAAUAAAUGACAAGUCCGAGAUUGAGACGGGAGCGAAACGUCUUGUGGAUGGCGAUAUAAAAAGGACGGUCUCAUUGUGGGAAGAGGACGACAUCAAUUCUUCUCUUGGUAAAACAAGAAUCAAACCUGGCCGAGGAGAGAAGUCACUCAGCAUGUCGUGCAGUGACAAGAUACUAAAAUGGAAUUUGAUAGGUCUCCAAGGGUCUAUACUUUCCAAAUAUUACACCAAGAUACGACCAGACAUAAUCCUGGUCGAAGGACCUCUUAACAUUGAGUCACUCGCAAGAGGAAUCAAUGAACGGUCGAUAAAAAUGAACGCAAUUUUUUUAGAAAAAAAUAUGAGUGUUCUUCCCCCAAGUUUUGUGUUUGAGGUGAUGAGGUCCAACAUUGUCAAAAAGGAGAAAAAAAGCCUCUCUCCAGCCGGGACGUCGAUUAAUUAUUGUUAUCUUCAAAGCCUUGGGGAGGAAGUUACAGUUUCUGCGCGUGGAGUCAAAUUUGGAGCCGGCAAAAAUGUGAACAAAAAACAGAUGAGUCGUCUAAGUCCUUUACUAAUGAAGGAGAAAUUCGACGAGACAUUUGGCUGUAAUGAAACUAGUAAAGAUGAACAGUAUGAGUUGGAGAAGAAAUUGUUCAAAGAGAGUGUUGAUGGGGGGUGGACAGUGAAGGUGUAA